AUGGUUAAAAAAAAGCACAAUACUACUACAUCAAGAAUCACAAAACCACAAAAAUUUUCAAAAUUAAUCCCUAAAAAUUCAUCUGCAACUGCAUCAACAAAUAAUCAAACUAAUAUUCAUUCGAAAAAUGAUUUAACUAUAUUGAGAGAACGAAUCAUUGAUAUUUUUAAAGAGAAAGAUGAUGAAAUGAUCAAUGAUUAUAAUAAUAAUAAUAAGAAGAAGAAUAUUAAUAAUAAUGAUGAUAAUAGUAUUAAUAAUAAUGAUGAUAAUAAUAUUAAAAAUAAUGAUGAUAAUAAUAUUAAUAAUAAUGAUGAUAAUAAUAUUAAUAGUAAUUCACAAAUUAAUGGUGAUAAGGACAAACAACUACAACAACAACAACAGCAACAACAACAGCAAACAGCAAUAUAUGAAGAAUCAAGUUUAAGUCCAGUUCCGGAAUCACUUUCAGAAUGUAAUUACGCUUUCAAAGCAGUUAGUAGUACCACUCAACAAGAUGAAACAACAUCACCUAAGACUAAUAAACCAUUUUUAAAUGAAACAACAUCACCUAAGACCAAUAAACCAAUUUUAAAUGAAACAACAUCACCCAAGACUAAUAAAUCAACUCUAAAUACUAAAUUUCAAACUAUCAAUGAUAAAUCAACAAAUUUAAGAAUUUUAAACAAUACAAAAAAUUUAAAAGAAAUUUCAAAUCAAAUUGAAUUUAAAUUAAAUCAAUUAUCAAAAAAUUAUAAAUUUAAAACUUACAAGUAUCAAUUACAAAUUUCUUUAGAAAAUCUUAAAAAUGAAAAAAUGGAAAUUAUAAAUAAUAUUGCCAAAAAAUUAUCAUUUGCAAAUUAUACAAAAGAAACAAUUUAUAAUAUUUUAACUAAAUUAAUUCAAGUUUUAGGUCCAUUAAAUAUUCAAGAAGAAUUUUUAAUUUCCAAGAUUAAAUCAUUAAAUGAUACUAGUGGGGAUGAUAAUUGUUCAGAUAAUUUAACUAAUGAAGAAAUUAAGAUUAUUAAACAAGAUAUUGAAAUUUUACAAAAACAAUUUGAGGGUUUUGAAGGUUUGAUUAAAUACAAUUCAAAUAAUGUCAACAAUCAUAUUUUAAAUGGUGAUCUAUUAAAUAAUCAACCAGUUUUAGGUGAAAACUUGAGUAGUAGAAAUGGUAACGGCAAUGUUAGAAAUGAAAUUAGAUCUAGUAGCAAAGUUAAUUUUAAUGGAAAUGGACAAGUUGUUGGAAGUUCAGAUAAAAACAAUGCUCAAGCUAACGGUGACGAUACUAUUAGUGACAAUAGUACUACUAAUAACCAUGCUACUAUUAGUGGAAAUGGUACUACCAAUGGUGGUGGUACAAAAUAA